GGCACGGUUCUCUCACAGUCAGACGCAAAGGAACCCCGAGAAAAAUAUCUGACAUGCGGGCUUUCACUUUCACCCUGCUCGCCUUUCUUCUUGCUGCUUUCUACGCUAGUGCCGACCACGGCAAGGAGGAACAUGCUGAAGAUGAUGAAAUGGACGCACUCAUGGACGACCUGACGGAUGGCAGCGAGGAGCUGUCUCGAAGCAAACGUCAUUACAUGGGUGGACACGAGCACGGACAUGGACCCCCCGAAGCUGACGGUGGUGCACGUCGGGGCGGGCGACGUGGUGGGCGUCUACGAAGCGGAGGCGAAAGACGCGGCAGCUAUAGAAGGGGGCAUCACGGCGGCAGGCGCCCGGCUGCACAAGGUGAUGAAGGGCCCGGACAAGGAAACGGCGAAGGGGCUACGGAACGACGCGGGCAAGGACCCAUGGGGAGACCGGGUGAAAGGCCUCCGGAAAGGCCAGACGGAAGACCAGGUGAAGGACAAGGCGAAAGGCCAGGACAAGGUGAAGGACAAGGCGAAUGACAAGGCGAGAGACGCCGAGAGGAAGAAGGAGAGUGACAGGGAGGCUGUCUAGGAUUAAUAUGGGCCAAUUGUGGAUGACGUGAACCUCAGCUACAGAGCCCUUCGAGAAGAAAAAAAAAUUAAAUUAUGCUCGAACACGGGGCACAUGAGGAACUUCAGAUGUAUACUGCUGACCUGUUUUCUGACAACGUUCGCCUGCAGUACCCGCCGCCUAUGUUCACUACAUAAAUGA